UUGCUGUUGCCGAGAAGUUGAUAACUCGUGACGCAAAAAGACGGUUUUUAAGAUGGCGUCUGUUUAUUUGCUUAUGUUGAUAUUUUCUACGUUGGGUUUCUUAGAGGUGGCCUAUUCAGGUCAUCUUCUGCAGGAUUUGGGAGGCAACGAGACAUUAAACACAUCGACAACCGAACACCCAACUACUACAAACGCAACCACGAAACUACCCACUACGAAACUACCCAGCACAACAACCAGAGUUACACCAACUUCCUCGAAAAACGCCACUAGCACCGCCGGACCAAAGAAGGAUUGUAGCAAACAUACGUCGUGCGAUAGCUGUGCUGAUAGCUAUAAGUGCUACUGGUGUGCACCGUCGAAAAGCUGCGAAAAAUGGCCAGAACAUAAGAUAACGCCAGGGUCCUGCUCUGGGAAUAAAUGGUAUUGGAAGCAAUGUACCAUCCCCGGUUACAUUUUGGUAAUUGUUGUUCCUGUUCUUGGGGUAUUGAUUCUACUGACAUGUGGCUGUUGCAUAUAUUGCAAGUGUUGCAGGGUUAAGAGCAAAAACAAGGAGCGGGAGAGAAUUGAAAGGCGACGAGAGGAUAUGAAAGAUAAACACGAAGAAAGAAAAAGAGAGAGGCAAAGCAGAACAGAUUUGAUAAGGCAGAAAUAUGGAUUAUUGAAGACAGAAGAUGAGGAGCCUUUGCUGUAAAUGGCCAUGGAUUUCAGGAGCUUCUGCAAAAUAAUUGUUACUGUACAGUGGCUGGUUCUUUUUUAUGAUUCUAAUCAGCUUUUUGAUCAUUUAAGACUAUUCUUACAAUAGGAGAAGGCUAAUAAGAUAGCCAGUGCAGCAAAAGAAGAAAUUUUGGCCAUGUGAAGAAAUAACACUCAGUAAAUUAUGUUGUUCGCUUUGUGACAUUGUUUUAUGACUAUGAAAAUAUUAAUUUUUGAAAGAUUUAGAAGACAGAGAUGCACUGACUUAUGGUUCAAGCACAUAAUGCCUUGAUUAUAGUUGGCAAUUUCUGUGAUAAUAUAAUAGAAUAAAGAUUUAUCAUUAAUCAAAGCUAAUGACUAAAGAAUAGGAAAGAAAUAUAAAAUCCACUGAAACUUAUUUCAUUAUAUGAAGACAAAUUACAGUUGCUUCUAAAGGUGUCAGUUGCAGUACAUUUUUACAAGUGAGGCAUUUCGUUUUUCAAUCAAUUUUUAUGUCCAUUUGAAAAGCUCUGUGCUCCAUUUAAAGAACUACGUAAUUUGUGUAUUAAACUAUAAAAUGUUUAAUUAAUUUUUUUUGCACAAA